CAUUACCUUCCGUCAGGUUGGCGGGGUGAAGUCCGAAGUCGAACAGGUGACAGCAGUCAGGAGACCGACACGUUUCAACCAGAGCUUCGACAUGUCUGAAGUAAGCGACCAGCUGCCUACAGAGCCCAUCUCUGCAGUUGGAGUAAUCACUUCACUCAGCAAGGCUCCUGAUGGCUACUAUGUUGUUGCACAAACAACAGAUGGCUCUGAUGCCGACCUGUGGAAGGACGGCUUAUUCAAAUCCAAGGUCACUCGCUACCUCUGUUUCAACAGAAAAACUGGGCCCGACGUGGUAGUGGACAUGAAGCUGACUGACAUUAAGGACACGUUGCCAGAGGGCUUCGCACCUGUGCAAGAAACAAUGGACACAAAGGAAACUGCCAUGAAGAAGAGGAGGCUCUGUGUGAAAAUCAGCCCUCGCGCUGCUGCAGAGACGGCUGUAUAUGACAUCCAGAUCACUACGAAGUCCAAGUACCAGCUUGUUAACUACACCUGUAUAGGCGAGGUUAACAACAUGGGGGUAUGGUGUCGUAUGGGAGAUGUUCCUAAGCAUCAGUCAUCUCAGGAAGAGUCCAGCAAAGCUACCAGUGACGCCCCAUCCGACGUAGCGAGCCAGAAGACCACAAGCAGGCCGGACUAUGUGAACCAGAACAGUGGGAUCUACACCAUGACAGCCCUCGAUGAUGUGCCCUUUAUGAUCUCUGAGCAGUUCUUUGAAAACCCCAAAGAGAUGCAGCAAGUCAAUUUAAUGGGCAUUACGAUCAAAUCCCUGGCAGAGAUCGAGGAGGAAUUUUACUACAACUUCAGCGCAGAGAGAAGCAUCGCCGUGUAACUUCCUUCUCAGCUCCCACGAGUCGACGCACCCGAAAGGAAAGAAACACUGCUGAUGGACAGAAGGGAUCUAAGAACGGACUAAUGAGAAC